CUCUCUCAUGAAAAUGUAGCCUUAGUUUUUGUAAUGCUAGUGAAACUAUAGCAGUGUAAGCAGCACAUCAUCAGCUGCCACUUGUAUUAUUAUUUGAUUGAUUUGUUUUUCAUGUAUGUUAUUUACCAGCUCUCUGAAUUCAUAGCAGAGAGACCAAUUAUGGGUUUUAAAAUAGCAGCAGCUGGAUUUGUUGUCUUCUUUUUCUCUUUAUCAGUGAUACAGGCUCAGAGUUACCAGGGAGUUACCUGCACCUCUACUCAGAUCUGUGCCUUAGCAGGAUCAACAGUGGAAGUACACUGCAGCUACACAUACCCACACACAGUUACAGUUACAGAAACAUUCUGGUUCACUAAAGGGACUGAUAUCGCACCGGUGGAUCUGACAACAGAUGCAGAGUAUGCAGGCCGGGUGCAAUAUCACUGUGUAAACAACAUCUGCACUCUGAGAAUCAGAGACCUGAGAGAGAGCGACUCAGCUGAGUAUAAGUUCACGUUCAUGACAAACCAACCAGGUGGGAGAGUUACUGGCUCACCUGGAGUCACUUUGACUGUCACAGCUCUCCAGGUGCAGGCCAGGGUAUUCAAAGCCUAUCCCCAUGCUGUCCAUGCCGAGCUGUUUUGUGGCAGUACAUGUCAGCUCCCUGGUCCCCCUUCCUACUUCUGGUACAUAACUGGACGGAGUUCGAUUAAAGGACAGACAAAGGAAGGAAGAUCUUAUCAAACUAACUUUUAUUAUAAAGACAGCUUUGCCUGUGCUGUGAGAGGAUUUGAAGACUUUGCAUCUCGUCCAGAGUGUGCCCACAACAGAUACUGCAACAUAGUGUCCUACACCAAGAGAAGCAUCUGUGCCUUUCGGGGCUCAUCCGUGGAUAUUUCCUGCAAUUAUUUUGGCAAUGAAUUAGGCUUAUAUAUGGUAUCCAGGUUCUGGUUCAGCCCUGCACGUAGUCACCAGUGGCAGAAUCCUUCACAGCCUGAGGAUAUUACUAAAGACUCCAAGUAUGCAGGUCGUGUUCAGUUUAGGGUAUCGGGAGCCAUUGCAACAGAACGAGGAGUUGCCACUCUGAAACUGACAGACCUGAGAGAGAGCGACUCUGCCGAGUAUCACUUCAAAUUUACGGCGCAACGAUUCGAAUGGAUCAGCAGUUUACCUGGUACAACUCUGACUGUCACAGCUCUCCAGGUACAGGUGACAAAAGUAUUAGCCCAGCCAUCUUAUAUUGAGGCAGAGCUGAGGUGUCACAGCAGCUGCAGUCCAGCUGGUCGUCUUUCUUAUGUCUGGUUCAGGAACGGAGGGAUUGUCCAAGGAGUUUCGUAUUCAUAUAAAGGCCAGUUUCAUCUUGGAGACAGCAUCUCCUGUGCCUUCAAAGGAUAUGAGAGUUACCCCUCUCCUGCAGUCUAUGCUCCAAAGCUUCCCUCUGUGUCAGUGAGUCCCUCUGCUGAGAUAGUGGAGGGCAGUUCAGUGACUCUGACCUGCAGCAGUGAUGCUAACCCAGCAGCUACUUAUGGCUGGUACAAGAGAAAUGGUAAUCCAAAUGAUGCACCUCUCAGUGAAAAACCACAGCUUGUCUUCAGCUCCAUCCAGUCCUCUGACUCUGGAGAGUAUUACUGUGCAGCUGAGAACGAGCUAGGGAGAAGGAAGUCUGAAUACAUCUCUAUUAGUGUGAAAUAUGCUCCAAGACUUCCCUCUGUGUCAGUGAGUCCCUCUGCUGAGAUAGUGGAGGGCAGUUCAGUGACUCUGACCUGCAGCAGUGAUGCUAACCCAGCAGCUACUUAUAGCUGGUACAAGAAGAAUGUCAAUCUCAAUCAUCUCCGUGUAGGUCCACAGUUUGUCUUCAGCUCCAUCCUGUCCUCUGACUCUGGAGAGUAUUACUGUACAGCUGAGAACAAGCUGGGGAGGAGCACAUCUGAAUCCAUCUCUAUUAAUGUGAAAUAUGCUCCAAGACUUCCCUCUGUGUCAGUGAGUCCCUCUGCUGAGAUAGUGGAGGGCAGUUCAGUGACUCUGACCUGCAGCAGUGAUGCUAACCCAGCAGCUACUUAUAGCUGGUACAAGAAGAAUGGAAACCCACACCUGCCUGUCAAUAAAGAACCACAGCUUGUCUUCAGCUCCAUCCAGUCAACUAACUCUGGAGAGUAUUACUGUACAGCUGAGAACGAGCUGGGGAGGACGACAUCCGAAUUUAUCUCUACUGAUGUGACAUAUGCUCCAAAGACCUGCACUGUGUCAGUGAGUCCCUCUGCUGAGAUAGUGGAGGGCAGUUCAGUGACUCUGACCUGCAGCAGUGAUGCUAACCCAGCAGCUAACAUUACCUGGUACAAGGAGAAUGGAGACUCAGCAAAAGCAUCAGGACAGAUCUUCACCAUCACUGACUUCAGAGCUGAGCACAGUGGGAAUUAUUCCUGUGAAGCCCAGAACAAAUUUGGGCAUAAAAACGCUACCAUUUGUCUCACUCUUGCCACAGGAAAACCUCCAAUAGUAAUUAUUAUCACAAUUGUGGCUCUGCUGGUUCUGGUUCUGAUCCUGAUAGCUGUCCUUCUGUGUCGAUGGAUUAGGAAGAAGAAAACUCUGGACACCACCAGUGAACCAAACGACCCUGUGAAGUUCGACUCUGGUCUUGAGUACCAGAGUGUCAAGACUGCAGCAAAGACUGAAGACAAAGAGGAACAGGAGGACCUGAUGUGACUGCACCGUGUGAAAUGUGCAUUUUUUGAGUUUUUUUACAUUUUGCACACUGUGUUCUUGUAUUUCACUGCAACAUACAAAAUCUAUAUAAAUCUUUAAGUGCUGUAGUUCGAUGGAAUCAGCACAAUCAUGGCUACAAGUGGGAACGACUCAAACAUGUCUUUGUGUAGAAUAACAGUAAUAAUGACAUAAAUCAUUAAAAAAAAAAAAAAAAAAAGUUGAAUUUCUCUGAUAAAUAUUUUUUUAAAUGGAAUAAAAUGGAACUUAUAUACCAACACCUUUCCAAGUGUGCCAUGAA